AACUUUAUACUGAGCUAUUUAGCCUUGACUUACAGCUUACAAUCACCAAACAAAUUAAUAAUUAGUAUCGUUUAACAUUAUACUAUGUGAAUUUAACACUUGCUACAUACCUAUUUCUUUUUAUUAAAUUUAAUAUCAUCUCGUUUUUAAAUUCAUAAAAAUAUAGUUACGUUUUAAAAUUAUUUAUAAAAAAAAAAAUGGAUCUAACAACCAAUGAUAUUAGUUAUUUUGUGGGUGUGGAUGUAGGAUCCGGAAGUGCCCGUGCUGCUUUAGUUACAAAUGAAGGUCGUAUUAUUAAAACAUCUGUGAAAUCAAUUCAAACUUGGUCACCAAAAACGGAAUAUUAUGAACAAUCAUCGGAUGAUAUUUGGGCAACUUGUGUUGCUGUUAUUCAGGAUGUCAUAGAAGGAUGUAAGCCACAAUUAAUAAAGGGAAUUGGAUUUGAUGCAACAUGUUCAUUGGUAGCACUAGAUGAAAAUGGAUCACCCUUAAGUAUAAGCCCUACAGGAAACAAUGAACAAAAUAUAAUUUUAUGGAUGGAUCAUCGAGCUUCUGAAGAAGCUGAUUAUAUCAAUUCAUUUAAUCACUCAAUAUUACGUUACGUUGGUGGUAAAGUAUCCUUAGAAAUGGAAAUUCCAAAAUUACUAUGGUUGAAGAAAAAUCAACAGGAUAAUUGGCAUAAAUAUCGUUACUUUUUUGAUUUACCUGAUUUUCUAACGUGGAAAGCCACAAAUGCUGAUUCUAGGUCGCUAUGUUCGCUUGUAUGCAAAUGGAAUUACGUAAUUGGUGUCGACGAGAAAGAAGGGUGGAAUGAAAGUUAUUUAGUAGAAAUAGGCCUCGGAGAUUUAUUACAAAAUAAUUGUGAAAAAAUUGGAAAAACUGUACUAAUGCCAGGAACACCUUGUGGUAAAGGUUUGACAGAAAAUGUUGCUCAAAUAUUGGGUUUGUUACCUGGAACACCGGUAGGUGCCUCAAUUAUUGACGCCCAUGCUGGUGGACUUGGAAUGAUUGGUUGUUCAACGGAAGGGGUUUCAAAUGAUUUUGAAACACGUUUAGGUUUAAUUUGUGGCACAUCAACAUGCCAUAUGGCAGUCAGUCGUAAUCCUGCAUUUGCGCCAGGUAUCUGGGGGCCAUAUUAUAGUGCUAUGGUACCGGGUAUGUGGUUAAACGAAGGAGGUCAAAGUGCAACUGGGAAAUUAAUUGAUCAUAUCAUCGAUUCACACCCAGCGAAAAAAGAUAUUCAAAAGAAAUUAACUAAUGGCAUGCAUAUACAAACAUACCUUUCAAAUUUAUUAAAGGAACUCACGGAAACAAAGAAAAUUAAAAGUAUGGCAUAUUUAACUAAAGAUGUACAUGUUUGGCCAGAUUUUCAUGGGAAUCGAUCACCUUUAGCAGAGCCAACAUUACGUGGAAUGAUUUCUGGCUUGAGUUUAUCUACCAGCGAAGAAGAUUUAGCCAUUCUUUAUUUAGCCACAAUCCAAGCUUUAGCGUAUGGAACCAAACACAUUUUAGACACACUUCUACAUUCCGGCUACACAGAUAUUCAUUCAAUAUUAAUUUGUGGUGGUCUAAGUAAAAAUCCAAUAUUUAUACAAACUCAAGCUGACGUUGUUCGAAUGCCAGUACUGUGCCCGCAUGAAACGGAAUCAGUAUUGUUAGGAGCCGCUAUUUUAGGUGCAUGUGCCGCACAACAGUUUGCAUCGGUUCAUGAAGCUAUCAAAAUUAUGGGUGGUAAUGCAGAUAUUGUACGACCAAAUGAAGAAGUUGCCAAAUAUCAUGCUAAUAAAUAUAAAGUGUUCUUGAAAAUGGUGCAAAAUCAAAAGACUUAUCGAGAAAUUAUGUCAAAUUAAAGUUUUAAGAAUUUCUUUUUUAUUAAAUGGCAUA